AGUAGUUGCCCUGAAAGUCUCCACCCGGCAGUCGAGCCAGAGAUUCGGACACUGCCUGACCCUAAAAUAUUUGACUUAAAAUAAAAACCUGAAUCCAACCAAGAGAAUGGCGAACCCCAAGUCGAGCGGCGGCAACAAGGCGGCCAAAAGUGGCAAGAACCAUGGCCGUCAAACCCAACAGAACCCACCAGCCAACUCGCAGGUGGCGGCCACUAAUGUGGCCAUGGCCGAUGCCGCCCCACCGACGCCCCAGCCCCUGGUGGCCUCCCAUCCCUCGGAGGACACUCUGGCACUGGCGGCCGCCGUUGCAGCCUCCAUACCGGCGGCACCACUCGCCCGUCCCCCACCCGAACGUCGGGCAUCGGCCGCCACAGUGGUGCCCAUGUCGCAAUCGGAAUCGGGACCAGGAAAUGAAAGUCUGGCCAGUCAAGCGGCGGCGGGAAAUCCAGCAGCUCCGGCAGAGGCCAGACGCAGCAUCUUUCAGAGGCUAUUCGGGUCAUGGUCGUCGUAAGAUCUUGGAACAAAACCGAUUAUCUGGCUCGAAUAUAAUUCAAAUUAUAGAUGACACAAGGAUGGUGAUUAAAAUUUUUGAAAAAUUCUACAAGUAAAGAUUAAAUAAAGGACUUGAGGUUAGAAAUCUUCUUCCUUGAAGAAAUCGAA